AUGAGUCCGAGUGAUCAAAAUAAAGGAUUAGCAUUGAGGAAUGGUGCUUGGACUAUCCAAGAAGACACGCUUCUUAAGAAAUGCAUUGAGACGUAUGGCGAAGGAAAAUGGCACCUUGUUCCUCUUAGAUCAGGUUUAAGUCGUUGCAGGAAGAGUUGUAGGUUACGAUGGUUGAAUUAUCUUAGACCAAAUCUGAAGAAAGGAGAUUUUGGUGAAGAUGAAAUUGAUCUUAUAUGUAGGCUUCACAAGCUUCUAGGCAACAGAUGGUCAUUGAUUGCAGGGAGAAUACCAGGAAGAACGGGUAAUGACGUGAAGAACUACUGGAACACGCAUAUGCGUAGUUCUUGUUCCAAGCAAAAAGAAGAGAAAAAACAUAAAGAUGAUAAUGAAUCCGCCACAGUCACUGUUAACAAGCCUCAGCCAUAUACCUUCUCCAAAACCGUGAACUUUUAUCAACAAAUGGAAACACAUGAUGGAAAUAACUCGAUAAGAAUGUCAAAUGACGCAGCUGUGAACAAUAAUGCUUUCAAUAUCCCCUCAGGUUCAAUCGUGGCACCCACCGUGACACAUGACGAGUAUUUGGAGACGUUAUAUAGCGGUUGAGAGGAUGAAAUUGAUCGCAAUUUCGGGUGGUCAUUUGAUGGUUCUAUGAUGGAUGGUAAGUCCGCAGAUAUGAUCCUGCAGCAAGAAGAAGGCCAAGUCAAUCUGUUCAACUUCCAGAAGGCUAUGUGGGACCUCUUAGAUUCGGAAUAAAAAUCACGUACACGCGUUCAUUUGCGGGUCAAAAAGAAAAAUAAAUAUCACUCGCGUAGUCGUGUUCGAUCAUUAUUAGAUGUGCCAAUAUUGUUAUAUUGAA